AAUUAUGAGAUAGUGGAGUGUUGUGAUGUGGUUGUGGGACAUGUGGGGGGUGCUGUGGGCCGUGGAGGCGGUGGCGCAGCUGUCUGCGGUGCUGGCAACGCCGCUGGACCCCGCGCCGCCGAUACCGCAAGGGUUGUCACUGUCGCCGUUUGUGCGGCACUGGCAGCCGGCGGCGUAUGCGCAGCUGGGCGGCCGCCGGCACUCCCGCGCCGCGCUGCCGCCGCCCGAGCCCCCGCCACCGCCGCUGCGUCUGACCUUCCACGCACACAACAGGGAGUUCAAGCUGAUUCUGAGGCCGGACCCCAGCUCGGUGUUUGCAGACGGCGUCCAGUUUCACUCGACAGGCGGCCAGAUGGACUAUAACACUGCUCAUGUCUACUCUGGAAAGCUCGAAGAUGACGAAUCAUCGCACGUUUACGGUGUUAUCACGGCUGAUGGUCUUUUUGAUGGGACGAUAUGGACACCUACGGAGGAGUACUACGUAGAACCUAUAUCUCGAUACAACAUAGACCAUCCAUCCAUGCACAGCGUCAUCUACCGCCGGUCAGACGUGGAACACCCCUACGACACUAGUGAAGGAGCACCGUGUGCGUCACAUCUACUUCAUAUGAAAAGAACUUUAGGACAAGAAGUUGAAUUAUUCAACUUUACUGAUCAACGAAACAUUAAAAGUUCUACCACGAAUAAUUUUAGCGAUGACUUACGUAGCGAAAUUCAUAGACGAAAAAAACGAUGGCUCCCCGAAGACGAAAUGCAAGAUGACGAGCCAAAGAAAAACCCUGAACUACCUUUAGACCUAGAUGUUCCUUACACUAGCAACAGUGAGCCAAGUGAUAAGUUAAGCACGAGAAAACCUAAAACCAAAAUCGAUAAGAGUAACCUCAUUACUAAGGUGCGACUUGAUUCUGAAGAGUCAAGACCUAAGCCAAAGACGCACGUCGAAGUGAUAAAAACGAAAGCAGGAGUUGUAACUGUUAGUAAGGAUAUAGUUAAAAAGGAACCGGUAGGGUACACCGUGUUGUCUGCGAAUGCCAGUGACGACGGUCGACAUGUGAACAAGAGAGCUACCGUUGAUCCAAGAAAAACCACGUGCCUCGUUUAUUUGCAGGCAGAUCACAUGUUUUAUCAAAGAUACGGCUCCGAGGAAGCGUGUAUUGAAGUUAUGACGCGUCACGUCCAGAAAGUCAACGCGAUAUACAAAGUGACAGACUUUAAUCAAGAUGGAAAGCCAGACAACAUAACGUUCAUGAUCAAACGAAUAAAAGUCCACACUUUGGAUGCACUUAAGGACCCCGCAUAUCGGUUUCCCAACAACUAUGGCGUCGAAAAGUACUUGGAGCUGUUUUCAGAGGAAGAUUACGACGCCUUUUGUCUGGCGUACAUGUUUACUUAUCGCGACUUUGAAAUGGGUACCCUGGGUUUGGCGUGGACCGGUGAUCUGAAAAAUGCUGGCGGUGUCUGCGAAAAGAACGGGCAUUACCGCGGCAGUAUGAAGUCCCUGAACACGGGCAUCGUGACUCUGUUGAACUACGGCAAGCACGUGCCGCCGGCCGUCUCCCACGUGACUCUGGCACAUGAGAUCGGACACAACUUCGGAUCGCCGCACGACCCUGAAGUUUGCACCCCUUUCGGUGAAGACGGCAACUACAUAAUGUUCGCGCGAGCCACUAGCGGCGACAGGAAGAACAAUAACAAGUUUUCGCCAUGCUCGCUCCGAGCUAUUGAUCCCGUUCUCAAUAACAAGGCGAGAUCUCCUAAGGGAUGCUUUACCGAACCUCAACCGGCAAUAUGCGGUAAUGGCGUUGUGGAAGAGGGCGAGGAGUGCGACUGCGGCUGGGCCUCCGAGUGCACUGACGUGUGCUGCCGCCCUCAGGCCGCCAGACCGCACUACAAGCCAUGCACUCUCACGGAGCACAGCGUCUGCAGUCCUAGUCAGGGUCCGUGCUGCACAGCAUCAUGUACUCUUAAGUUCGGCGACAAGUGUCGCUCGGACAACGGCUGUCGCGACGCGGCCUUCUGCGACGGCAAACGUGCCGGUUGCCCCGCUAGCAGGCACAAGCCCAACAGGACACGCUGCGAUAAGGAACUCGUUUGCUAUAUGGGAGAGUGUACGGGCUCGAUCUGCCUGGCGUACGGGCUGGAGUCGUGCCAGUGCCCGGCGCGCAGCGAGGACCCGCGCUCGGCCUGCGAGCUGUGCUGCCGGCGCCCGGGCGGCGCCUGCCUGUCCUCCUUCCACUGGAACACCGCGCCCUUCGACGUGCCCGACAUGUAUGCGAAGCCUGGCACGCCCUGCAAUGAUUAUAACGGGUAUUGCGACGUGUUCCAACGUUGCCGCGAGGUGGAUCCUUCCGGUCCGCUGGCUACUCUCCGCAAACUUCUUCUAUCAGACGAAAGCAUCGCAGGCUUUAAGCGAUGGGUGCUCAAACACUGGUACGCCGUGCUGCUCAUACUGCUCGCCGUAAUCGCACUCUUGGUGGCAAGUACUCGCUUUUUAGGACGCCACGGCAAGAAACUAAAGUCUGUGACCAUCAUCCACUCGUCCACCACCGAAACCGUCCGUCUGCCUGACGCUGCCGACCAAGGCCUGAUCGUCCAUACCGCUGUCAGGUCAAAAUUACCCCUUAAGAAGAAAGUAGCCUUACGAACUCGCGCAUAUCGCAACAAGAAAGAUCACAAGAAAUUAGGAGAUAAAGCAUCUCCACUUCACAAUGCUAAUAAGAAACGGAAGCCGAUUAGUCAAGCUAAAUUAGAGGAAGCUCCUAAAAUAACUAAAGAAAGCACUGCUAUUGUAACAAACGCAGAAGGCAAAUCACCAAAACAUGUUAUCCUAUCUAAACAUAAAGGCAAAAUUAAGAAACGUAAGACCAAAAUGAAAAAAGAAAUAAUAGACUACAGUUCCAUGCAGAAACAUCCAGUAUCCCCAAUUAAAGAUACUGAAGCUUUGAGUAAGGUACAAAGGUGGCUCCUUAGUUCGCCACAACCCACAGCUAUUCCUAAAUCAAAAUCUAUACCCCUUGGUCUGACAGAACGAUCACAUCGACAGGCGCAGAAGAGCGCGAGAAAAACAAGACCGUCCAAAAGCGCUACUAACUUGCUGUCUGGCGAAAAAGCUCGACUUCAAGUCGUGUUCAAACCUCCAUUCAGGUUCAGUGUAAAGAUUUGUAAAAGCGACAAGACGAAAGUAGUCCUUGACAAAUCUUCAAAACCUGAUAUGGAUAGAAAAAGGCACGAAGUCUUACCUCAACAAGCAUCCGCCGAAGUAACAAAAGCCAAUUUAUCUAAUAAGGUACCUAAACAUUCUAAUUCUACUAGAACUUCCGAAAACACCGUCGCAACUAGUGCUCCUAAAUUAGAAAAACUACAAAUCCAAGAAAACCAAAGCCAUGGUUACGCAAAUUUAUUACCUCGAAGUGCCAGUGACUGUAAGUUAACAAAGAAAUUACCUGAAGUUAAAAUUCGUAAUGGACAUAAAAAGAGCAACUCAGUAGGUCAAAAGAAAGAAACUACAGAAAGUCGUCAAAACCUAAUAACCCAGGAAGACGGUGAAAACGCACACGUCUAUGAAAAUGUGGUAUUAACACAAGACGCUUUCGUCCCUAAGAGUUGCAGCAUGCCUCGGAGGCAGACUAGUGUCGGGAUGUCUCGACAGAGCAGCUACGGUCAUUUACCAAGAGCACAGAUCCGCCCACACAGACAUAGUACAAACAAUAUCAGCAGAUCCAGAAAUAGCAGUACAUCAGAGUUAGAACAUUUCUAUAAUGUUAUUGAAUCACUUAGACGAAAUAACACAAAUGAUGUAAAUACAUGCAAUACAAAUACAAGCAGUUCCUCCGGCAGCAGUCGUCAUGACAGUGCGCUUCUUAAACACAGCUCUAGUUCCCGGCAAGUCAGUAGAACUUCACGUCAGAACAGUUUAGUGGAUAAGCCGGCGCGCUCGAGUCCCACCGACUCUUGUAAACUUCAGAGACAACACAGCGAAGUAGAGCUGGUCAAGCCUCACGGCGAUGGUGGGCUAAAGGGCUUCCAACUUGUUGUGGGUAAAGAUAAGUUGAAGCGGCAGCUAAGUGAUAACGAGUUGUGCAAGUCCCGAGUUCAGUUAGCGAUGCCGAUGUCGGCCGGGGCCGAACCGCGGCAAGCGUUCUGCUGGAACAAGCGCGCCAGCCUCGACUGCGAGGCGUCGCUGCCGGCUGGCCCGCGCGUGUCCAGCUCCCGAAACAAAAAACGAACGACUUACACUUUCGGGGAACUCAAAAACACCGUCCCCAACGCAACUGAUCCAUUGCCUGCCGAAGACGUCCACAUCUCUCCCGAGGAGUUUUUAAACAUUAUUGAUAAUUAAGUAUUAUUGUGGACUAGUAGGCAUUUUUAACCUAAGGUGGUUCUUUAAUGUAUGAACAAAUAAUUAUAUUAAAGUGUAUAUUAGAUACCUAUUUGCAAGAUGUACUAUUGUCGGCUGAUGUAAAUAUUGUAAUUUGCUUUUAAUAUUAGUACUAAUGUAACCUGCCACUGAAACAGACCAUUGCUUAGUUUCUCUCUAACACUACCCAAAUAUAUUGUAAACACGAUCAUCUAAUUUAAAAGUAGGUACAUUCAUUUAGUCAAACUAAUUUUACGGGACAUAAAAACAAAACCCUGAGUUUCAUCUUCCAUUUUUUUUUUCAAUUAUUGUUUCUAUAAGGAUAAUCAUUUGUUAUAUUAAAAUCAAUAAAAGUCAAUAGAUAUAUCAAUAUCUAUUCUCCUCUGUUUGUUAUAUUGGUGUAGUAGUAAUGAAAUUACUAGCAAUGAUCUUGUUUCACUGAAUGAUCUCUAUUAAGUGAAUCUCUAUUUUUUCUACAUGCUAUGUAUUGUACAAAUUUACUCAAACCUAUGUAAAGUGUUCAUGUAAGAUUAUUUAAUUACUUUAAAAAUGCUUUACGUACUUUGAUUUAGUUACGUUCUAAUUUCCAUUUACAGAUCCACUGUUUUAAAUUUAGAUAGCUGUCAAUUAGCGAGUCAAUCAGUUAACAAUCUAGUUACCUAAGAAGUUUCAAUCUACAGCAUAUUAAUCGAAAUACAAAGUAACUUUAAUUUAAUAACUAAGGUUGAAAUAGGAUUCUAUCACUUUUCUAUACU